AUGUCACAGCAUUCGUCUAAUUCAUCGCCAUCGAAACAGAAGAACAUUGGUGUAUACACCAUUGGCCCUGAAAUAGGUAAAGGUUCAUUUGCCACCGUUUACAAAUGUAUCGAUAAUCGUACACAUGAACCAGUAGCAAUUAAGUCGGUUGUUCGAUCAAAGUUGAAGUCCAAGAAGCUAGUGGAGAACUUGGAGAUUGAAAUUUCCAUCUUGAAAACUAUGAAACAUCCACAUAUUGUUGGACUUCUUGAUUGUACUCAAACUGCUUCACAUUUCCAUUUGGUGAUGGAUUAUUGUUCAAUGGGUGAUUUAUCAUAUUUUAUUAGAAAGAGAGAUCAACUUAUUCAAACACACCCUGUGAUUUCAUCAUUAUUGGAAAGAUAUCCAUCACCAGAGGGAUCACAUGGGUUAAACCAUAUUUUGGUGGUUCACUUCCUUAAACAAUUAGCUUCUGCGUUGGAAUUCCUUCGUAAUAAGAGUUUGGUGCAUAGAGAUAUUAAACCACAAAAUUUGUUGUUAUGCCCACCAUUACACACAAAGGCCGAGUUUGAAAAAGGUCAUUAUACUGGAUUAUGGGAAUUACCAAUAUUAAAAAUAGCUGAUUUUGGAUUUGCAAGGUUUUUACCUUCCACUUCAAUGGCGGAAACAUUGUGUGGAUCUCCAUUAUAUAUGGCUCCAGAAAUUUUACGAUACGAGAAAUAUAAUGCAAAGGCUGAUUUAUGGUCUGUUGGAGCUGUCUUAUAUGAAAUGACUGUUGGGAAACCUCCAUUUAAAGCUGAUAAUCAUGUUCAAUUAUUGAAAAAUAUUGAAAAAUCGAAUGAUCGAAUCAAAUUUCCAUCUGCUUCACAAGUUCCAGAACCUUUGAAGAGAUUGAUUAGAUCUUUACUUAAAUGUAAUCCAACUGAAAGAAUAUCAUUUUCCGAAUUUUUCAGUGAUCCUACUAUAUUAGAAGAGUUGGAAGGGGUUGAUGUACCAUUGGAAACUUCACAAAUGGAUGAAAAUCUAUUUAUUAGUGAAUAUAUUUCUCCUAUAAAGCAACCACAAAAUGUGAUCAAGCCUUUGACAACUAUUGAUUCACCACGUACUGUGCCAACCAAGAUCCCUAAUUCUACGAGUAGCUCUGCUAGAGAUGAGGAAAUCAAACAAAUUAUUCAUAGCAACAGUCCUGGUCCAGAUGUGUUGUCGAACUCUAUUCAAGCUAGGAAACAAAAUGAGCUGAAUAGACAUCGUAACAAGGAUAAUGAUAUCAUUUUGGAAAAAGAUUAUGUUGUGGUUGAAAAAAGAGCGGUUGAAGUAAAUGCAAUUGCCGACGAACUAGCUAAUGCUGGUAGUGGAGUUGUUGCAAUUAAUCGACCACAAUCUUCACAAACCGAUGGUUCUCCCAACUCAAAAACAAAUACUUACAGAAGAGGCUCAUUGAGAGCCAAUUCAUUUGGACAAAGUAGAAGACCAAGUCUUACUGAGCGAAGGGUUUCUAUUUCCAUCUCCCCCACCAAUGCAUUAAGCAAAGCUAUUGGGUUGGCUUCAAAUAGAUUGUUUGGUGCUGGUGGUACAAACAAUAUUCAAUCAACAGUUGUGGAAGGUUCCCAUGAAUUGGUUCAAACAAAUCCGAAUAACCCAACUUAUUCAAAUAUUAUAUCUUCUCCAAAUUUUGUCAACCAUUUAUUGCUUCAAAAGAUAAAUCUUCCAAUCUCAUCUACGUUAAAUAACCUCCAAAUAACUCAUGUCAGAUCAAAACUGCCAUCUCCAAGUUCAGAUGAGAACGUCUUACUUAAACUUGAAUCCAUUGCAACUAAAUCGCAUGCGGUAAACCUCUUUGCAGAUGUGAAAUUCAGUCAAUUAAUUCCUUCACCUCCUUCAACCGAAGGUCUAGAAGAUGAUUUCAUGUUACAAACUGACAUAUUACCUCCUAAGAUUGUAAAAUCUAUUAGUGAAGAAGGGGUUGUCUUGUACGUGAAGACUCUCUCGCUUCUUGCUCAGGGAAUGGCUGUCGCAAGUAAUUGGUGGUAUCUGCAAGUGGAAAACAAUGAAUCUAAUUCAAUUGAAAGUGUCGGUCAAAGCAGUAUUCAAAAUUCUGUAAAGAUUAAUGAAUUGGUACAAUGGAUCAGAGAAAAGUUUAAUGAAUGUCUUGAAAAGGCAGAAUUUGUUCGGUUACGUCUCCAAGAAGCAAAUAGUGUCUUACUGCAAGAUGAUGUUUCUUCUGUCUAUUCCGAAAAAGAAAGAGUAAUUGCAGAGAAAUUAAUUUUUGACAGAGCGUUAGAAAUGUCCAGAAACGCAGCUGUCAAUGAACUUGUAAAAGAAGACUUGAAAGGUUGUGAGCUUGCUUAUAGUACCGCAAUUUGGAUGUUGGAGGCUUUACUUGAUGAAGAAACAACAAAGGAGGAUGAAAGGUUAGAUGAAGAAGACAAAGCUAUGGUUGAAAAAUUCAUUGUUAGUAUUGGGAAUAGGUUGAGUGUAUUGAAGAAAAAGUUGGAGACUGUCCAGUAA